GAUAAACGACGUACACGCGAGCGUCAAGUUGCCGUGUUUGUGGCGGUCCUGAGGGAAGGUGGGAUGAAAGGUAGGUCGCAGGAGCGGCAAUAUCGAUUUGACAGUCAGCAUCGCGCGUCGGGAUCAAAGAGGGGGGCUGGUUAGCUAGUUCGCGACUCCGAUGGCUCGGGAAUUUGUCGUAAAUUUCAGUUUUCAUCUGAUUUCGUAUUGCGCUGCCUGUGUAACGGCAGAUGGAAUACGAUAAAGGGAAAGGAUCCGUAUUGUUUAGCCUAACAAUUUACGCCUGGUAUCGCGCGAUCUGUGACUUGUGCUGCGUUCGUGCGUGCGUGGUUGCGUGGGUGGCUGCUCCGUAGGCGCGCGCCAGCGCAACACGCGCGUGCUUCGCCAGUUCUCUCGCGAUGAUCUCCCGUUCAUCCCGUGGGAGAACGGAACUUAGUCCGUGAUUUAUUUCGAACCAGUCGUGUCAGAGCCCGCGGUGACCAGACGAUGGCGUUAUGUAAUUUGACGGCGAUAAACGCCCGCGGAACUCCGCUAAAGUUUGUAUAUUUUUUCGAAUUCAUCCCGUCCGAACGCUGCACGAAUUAACGAUUUAUAACUGAACGGAAGCUCGCCGCCGCUGCCUGGGUACGCGAAACCUUCAAAUUUUCAACUGGCCAAACGGGGCUGGAUCGAUUGUAAGCUGAGGAUAUUUGAGAAUUUAAAUAUCUUCGGUAUUUGAUUGAAUUUGUUGGUACGGCUCGAGUUCGUUGUUGAGAUUUACAGCGAGGAAGGUAAAAUACGAGUAUUGUCAUUGAUAGCUGGUUUUCUCGCGUGUUGAAAAUAAUGAGGAGCUUUUGCGAGGCUUUAGAAAGUGUCGCGUGCCUCCACCAGAUGAUGACGACGACAAUGGUGCGAAAACUGAAUACCUCGCGAAUAACGAAAGGGGAUCUGUAAUCGCUCAAGUGGCCAUGCCAACCAGCGGGAAAAACGAGUAUGAAAUGCGAUGGAUAAGAUUCGCGCUAUUGGCCAGGUGAGCGAUUGAUCAUCGCGUUGGCACGGAUCGAAGCGCCUCAUUUCCGAAGAUGAUAAUGGAGGAUUCGCCGGCCCGGAUGCGUCCCUACCUCGACUCCUGGGACGUAAGUAAUGAAGACAAAUACUCAGUGGCCAAUAGCCAAGCCCCCCUUCAGGGCGCCGAGGAGGAUCACCCUGAGCGAGGCACGUGGACGGGGAAGUUUGACUUCCUUCUGUCCCUCCUCGGUUACAGCGUAGGCCUCGGCAAUGUGUGGAGAUUUCCCUAUCUUUGCUACUCUAACGGUGGUGGUGCCUUCCUGAUACCGUUUACCGUCAUGCUGAUCAUCGCUGGACUACCCCUUAUGUUCAUGGAGCUUUCGUUAGGUCAAUACGCAAGCCUGGGUCCUGUGGCUGCUUACAAACGCUUCUGCCCACUGUUACGAGGUCUCGGUUACGGCAUGGUCCUGGUUAGCUCAAUCGUGAUGCUGUACUACAACCUGAUUAUCGCCUGGACACUCUACUACAUGUUUGCCUCCGUGGCCGGUGCCGGUGUUCUGCCGUGGGCUUACUGCGACCCGGCCUGGAGCACCCAAGACUGUUAUACCCCCGAGGCUGCGGAGAAUUGUGCCCGACAAAAUACAACCUACUUCAGGGGAAACUGUCUGAAUAGUACUCAGCUAACCGCGAUUGUUCUUGACGUGGAAAAUGGAACUGCAACCGUCCGACGGCCCCCGGCGGAGGAGUACUUCAACAACCAUGUCUUGGGUUUGAGCGUUGGUAUCGAAGAGACGGGUUCGAUUCGCCCGCCUUUGGCGGUGUGCCUCUUCCUCGCCUGGGUGAUCGUCUUUCUAUGCCUCAGUAAAGGUGUUCAAAGCUCUGGAAAAGUGGUCUACUUCACGGCCCUCUUCCCGUACGUCGUUCUGAUCGCCCUUUUCAUCCGGGGAAUACUUUUGCCGGGUGCUGGUGAGGGGAUCCUCUUCUACCUGACUCCGGAUUGGCGACGCCUGGCGUCGGCAAAGGUUUGGGGCGACGCGGCGGUUCAGAUAUUCUUCGCCCUGAGCCCGGCUUGGGGAGGACUGAUCACCCUGAGCUCCUACAACAAAUUCACCAACAAUUGUUACAAGGACUCGCUCAUAGUGGCGGUGAGCAACAUCGGUACCUCAUUUUUUGCCGGGCUUGUUAUAUUCUCGGUAAUCGGAUUCCUCGCCAACGAGCUCAAGGUGCCGGUCGCCUCAGUCGUCGACCAGGGUGCUGGACUCGCCUUCAUAGUCUAUCCCGAGGUCGUCGCUCGACUCCCGGUUGCGCCACUCUGGUCUCUCCUAUUUUUCGUGAUGCUUUUAACCCUGGGUCUGGACUCGCAGUUCGCCCUGAUGGAGACCGUAACAACGGCGAUCCUCGACGGCGUCCCGGCCCUCAGGAACUACAAGUUCUGGGUUGUCCUAGGCGCCGCGAUUCUGGGAUACGCGGGCGGACUGAUAUUCACGACCAACGCUGGCAUGUACUGGCUGCAGCUGAUGGACAAAUACGCUGCGAAUUGGUCGGUCCUUCUGAUAGCCAUCGGCGAGUGCAUUCUCGUCGCUUGGGUCUACGGGGCUGAUCGGUUUCUCGACGAUGUUGAGCAGAUGAUCGGGCCUCGUGGUCGUUGCUGGCGCUUCUUCUGGACUUGGAUGUGGAAGGUCGUUACUCCGGCCGCUUUGUUUUUCAUAUUAUUCUUCAACUGGGUAAAGUACGAGCCUCUGAGUUACGGAACUUACAUCUACCCUCGGUGGGCCGAUGCUGUCGGAUGGGCCGUCGGUCUGCUGCCAGUUCUCGUCAUCGUCGGACUAGCCGUUAACCAGUUACGCGGACGUCAACGUCGGCGUUGUCAACGCUCCCAAUACCCCUACGACGAGAACGACGACGACUACGACGACGAGGUCGACGAUCUCGGCGACGUGGACGCCGACGGGAAGUCUAAGGGACGUUCUCGGCCCUCCGUUUGGUGCCGAGCUCGGGCCCUGCUGCAGCCGACCCCCGAUUGGGGCCCGGCGACACCGUCCAGGACGCAAGCGCGUACCUCGCCACCCUUGUCUACACGGGGAAAUGGCGCGGGAGGAUCCUCGUCCGGAGGAUUCGACUCGGCUCGGGACACGAUCGUCUUGGUGAACGGGAAGCCGAUGGUUCAGCCGCCCACGUGUCCCGGGCUUGUUACUGCUACGAAGCUACCCGGACCCUCGAUACUGAAGAACUCGAGCAAAACGGAUCUCGUCUGCACCUCGCAGCAGGUCUGAGAAAAGGUUGUUAAUUGGCGCUGUUUGAGGUGCGAUUUUGGUUGGUAUUGUUUAUUAUAGUUACUCGUAAGGCCGUACAAACACUAAUGUAUAAACACGAUCACACGAGAAAAUAUUGAACUAAAAGAUAGACGAGAAAAUUAUAGCGACGCCUGUCGUCUAGAGCCUAUCUCGACUAUAAAGAGUUCCGACGGUUUGCUAGCCGGUAUACUUACCAUAAAUUUACCAUAAAUUAGAUAUUGAACGUAUUAAAUGCCUCGCCGGCGCGGGUAUUAUUAUUAUCUAAGUACGUGUCUAUAUACGUGUCCUAGGUGCCGGUUAUCAUCCUCGUAGAUUCGCGGGGCGAGAUAUAUUAGAAUUAGAUUGUGGUUCUCGGGUAACUUGGAGCGAGAUUGAGAAUGAUGAAGAAGUACAAGAAAUAAAAAUCAAAUUUCUCUAUUUACAUUAUAAAUGAGCCUCCGUUCAAAUAGGGCUGAUCGUUAUUUCGUUCAACUUCUAAAACGAGUAAUUUUUAAUCCCAACAUAUUGAGUACAGCCGAAGCUCGUAUCUCGGGAUGCUAUUUUCUCUGCCGAAAAUUGGGGUGAUUUUAAUAAUUUUGAAUUGUUGAAGUUGUAUUGUUUAAGAUGUUAAGGUAUUAUGAUUCAUUUGAAGGUUGACUUGAUCACAACUCGCAUUAUACUGUCACUUAAUCAGGUCAUAAAUUUCUACACGGCCCUUUCCUCUUACUAUUUGUAUUUUGUACAGAAAUAAUUUUUUCAUCUUCCACUUUAUUUUUUAUGUUAAAAAUUUUGUCGUUACUUUCUGGCAUUCUUAUUUCCCAAGGUGAGAGAUUUUUUCUUCAGGGGCUGUUUGUUUUCUAAGCAAAUAUAUAAGCAGGGUAAACGGUAAUUGCCGCCAUCGCUUUCUGCAUUUUUUUUUUCUCAAAGAAAGCUGCCCCCUAUUAUACGACGUAUAGUGAAAUAUGGAUAUAUUAUAUCGAUUGUUAUAUUUGUAUCAAUGUUUUUUAUAUUUGUAAGAAUACGUUAUUUUUUAUUACGGCCUGCACGCGCUGGGUGCGUGGGCUAAUCCUUGCGACUUAUUGUGUCGAUUAUCAACUAUAUAAUGAUUUACCUACGUAGGUAUAAUACGGAUAUGAAGAUUCUGGAAUAUAUUGAUGCAUCAAUCAAUACAUGAGAUAAAAGAUAAUAGAAAUCCAACAAAUAAUUUUAAACAAAACGCGUAAAUUGAGAAUAAGAAUUUCGAAAACGUUUAGAAAGCAACGGGAUUUGCUUUGAGCCGUAAAAUAUAUUACAAAUACGUUCGAUGUGGAAAAAACAGUACUAAGGUGAUAAAAAUUUCGAAAACAUUUAGAAAACAACGGGAUUUGCUUUCAGCCAUAAAAUAUGUAACAAAUACGUUCGAUGUGGAAAAAAUAGCACUAAGAUGAUUUAAUUGUCGUCGUAAUUAUCGUGGAUGUUAUACACAUAUACAUUAUACAAACCACAGAGUUUACACAUAUACAUAUAUAUAUAUAUAUAUAGUUUGUUAUCUUUGAGGCUGAGAUAUAGAAAAAAAAUGAGUCCCUAUAAUUUAAAACAAAACUAAAACUGUAUCAGAAGGAAGAGUGAAAAAAUGAAAUGAAUUGGAAAUUUCAUAAUUUAUUAGUUAUACUUGGAAAAAUAUAUCAGAAGACAUACCUAUAACAAAAUCAUGAAGUUGAUUAAAAAAUUUAAAAGUAAACUGUGAAAAAAAAAAAAAAAAAUAUCGUACAAUAAGUACAUGUUAAUGCGUAAUAUAUGUAUAAUGUGAUAUAUACAGUGAGGCAAAAAAGUAUUCGUAGGGCAAAUAAAUUUAAAUAAAAUGAGGAAUAAUUUUUUUGAUUAAUUAAUUUUUUUAAAUUCAAUUUGACACUAACGUAAACAAACAUACAGAAUCGGACUUGUUACCUUAUGUUGCGCAGGCAAAUAGCCGUUAUGGUAAGUACACUAAAUGCACGAAUGCGUUUAUCCCUCACUGUAUACAUCAUAUAAUUAUCAAACUCAAUCAGAGCGUCCAGUCAAUAAAUCUCAGAAAAUCAUUAGGUGUAUACGGGGACAUGUUAAUAUUGUAGCACGUUUUUCUGUUUCGAUAAGUUGUCGAAUGAAAAACGUGAAGAUAUCGAGAAUCAUGUAGAAUAUGUAUGUAUAGUCAAUCAUAGAUCUAUUAGUCGUACGUACCUAUAACUAUGUACUAUAUCUUGGGUGCUAGCGUCCCCUCUGCACGCGCUUAUGUGUAAGAUAAUAAUGAUAAAAACAACAACAUCAAUAAUGAUAAUCAUAACAACAAGAGCAACAACAACAACAACAACAAAGACAAGAAUAAUGAUGAUGAUGAUGAUGACGAUGAUCACGAUCAUGAUGAUAUAAUAGUGAGAGUAAUAAUAGUGAAAACAAAAAUGGUAACAAUAAUAAUUAAUCGUAUUAUACAUGUAUAGAAAUUAAGUAUAUAACAUAGCGGUUGUGUAAUUUAUCGGUGCGGUGACCUGCAGAGAUGAAAACAGUAUUUUGUUAGACUUACAAUAUUACAGAUGUUAGUAUAACGAACAAAGUCCAGAUGGUUAGAUAUUUCGAAUACAUUAUACGUUGUAAAUAAUUUUGGUGCUGUACUAGCGUGGAAGCGAAAAAUCACACGUUUGUCGAUAUUUUAUUUUUAAUUUAUUGAGAAAUGUAAUACCGCGUUACGACUUCGAUUCAAAGGUUAAAACACGCAGAACGAAUCGAAAAAAUAAAAACUGAUCGGAGAAGGUCUGUUUUAUAAAACAAAUUGAAAUAGUUAAAAUUGACAUAAAAAUCCUCAUCAUCACAAAAUUGUACCAAACUUUUUUACAACGUAUACAUAUAUACAUAUAUACGUAUACUACAUUAAGUAUAAACUUAUAUAUAUAUAUAUAUAUAUAUAUACGAGUAUAUACACAUAACUGUUGACAAAAGGCAUACGGAAUUGUCCAGAUCUAGAUGUACCUUAUAUGUAUACACAUACACUAAUAUUGUAGAAGAAUUGAAUAUUAUACAUACAUAUAUACCUCUAUGUUGAAUAUUUAGAAAUUUUAAUUAUCUACAAAAAUGCGAAAUAACGUAAUUAAGAUCAUGGACGUAGUUUGAGUUGAUAUUGUCUAUAAGUAUAAGUUGAUUCCCCAGCGUUAUGGUCGCUCCUACAAUCAAGUCCAACGUAGCUUGGCAGUUUCACGUGCAAUAUGUGACUUAAGUAUAAAAAUGUUUCCUAAGUUUGACAAUGAUCAAAUUGGUAAUUAUUAUUUAUAUAAUAUAAUCCGCGUGAUUCUUUAAUGCGAAUAGAGUUAUCGUUGUUCUGUACCUAUUAUUGUUAACUAAUAUCCAGGUAAUUAACUCACUGUUCUAUACCCGUGAUUAAAAUUGAAACACUGCGGAAAAAUACCAUAACCGGCGGUUUGGUUGAUAACAGUAGAACACGAAUUUGAGCGCGAUAUUUUGACGAGUGCAGGCACGACGAAAACGUUGAAGAACCGUCGAACGAAUGAAGACUAUAGAUGCAAAUAAAUAAAUACUCAUACAAUAGAAAUAUAAUAUAUAUACACAUUAUACUGCCAACAAAAAAAAACCUUAAUUUUUUUUUCGAUCUCUUACUCUAUGAAAACAUUGUUUAUAAUAUAAUAUUGAAGGUAGUGAGAGGAAAUCGCCGUGUGAUUUUUUUAAACGGUGCCGAAUUGAGUUUUUGUAUUCGCCAUUUGACACGUCAGAAAUCCAAUUCUAACGGUUGGAGGGAGAUAAUAAUUUUUCUGUACAACGGACGGAAUUCUGUAUGGUAGGGUUUGACAACUUAUAUAUUUUCUUGGAAUCAGCGCGUGGUAGAAAAUUUUCAACCGCACGAUCUUCGAGAUAUUCAAGAUUGCGUAAAGCGUGGUUUUUCAUCUUUUUGAAAAAUGGGUACCUAGUAUAAACGCCCAGUUUCCUCGACUGUGCCACAGUAAACCGUUGAAUAACAUCUCUCAAAUACAUGAAAUACAUUAAAUUCAUUCAAUUAACCGAACUCGAUGUGCCUGUCUAUCGGGAAAAUAAAAUUAGCAAUAAAAAAUAUUUUGUCUUGAUAAAUACUAUUUUUACACUGAACAUGUCCAUGCGCCAGGUUUUGAAUCUUC